AAAGGCAAAAAAUCAGCGGGUUUACCACAAUGCUGGAUUUCCUACAGAGAUAGCUAUCGUCAAUGUACAAAGCUCCUGUGUUCCUUGCAUUAACAUACCGUAGGUGGAAGCCAGAAAAACCCUGGAUAAUGAAUCUUAUGGCAAGAGCCCUGUACGAUAACGUCCCUGAGUGCGCAGAGGAGUUGGCCUUCCGCAAAGGAGACAUUUUGACGGUGAUAGAGCAGAACACCGAAGGCCUUGAAGGAUGGUGGCUCUGCUCCUUACAUGGCCGGCAAGGCAUCGUUCCGGGCAACCGUGUGAAACUUCUGAUAGGCCCCGUGGUGCAGGACAGUGCUUCUGCUCAGGAUAUGUCCAGUUCGGGACUGACACAUCAAUCCUUCAACCAACAAAAAAUCUAUCAGGUGCCAAGUUCGCAUGCCGUCGCACGGGACCCCGUCUACCAGGUGCCACCUUCCCACCUGAAUCAGGGAAUCUACCAGAUACCCACUAGUCAUGGUCUCGUGGGGCAAGAUAUUUACCAAGUGCCACCCUCCAUGCAGAGAAGCGUUGACAGCCCAGCCCUGGCUAACAAGGUAAUAACUCCAGUCAGGUCAGGACAAGGUUACGUUUAUGAGUUCCCUUCCAAAUACCAGAGGGACACAUACGAUAUCCCCCCCGUUCGCCCUCUCCAAGGGAUAUAUGACAUUCCCCCAGCAUCUGCUAAGGGGCCUGCGUAUCCAGUUCCCAUGGGAGAAGCAAAAGCUUUGGGCAUCUAUGAUAUACCACCUGCCAAAGGGAUCUAUGCUACACCACCACCUGUGUGCCGAGAUGAUACAGGACUGAGGGAAAAUUUGCAGGAUUUUUCAUCCCCACUGGGCCACAGUGCAAGACCAGAAGGAGUUUACGAUAUUCCUCCUCCCGUCACCAAAGCAACUGGGAAAGAACUUAGUCAGAAAUUUUCUUCUGAGGGCAUUUUAUCGACUGAUGGAGUGCCACGCAAGCAGAGUGUGUAUGACAUCCCUGUGAACCACCAAAACCAAUUUCUUGGACAGCAAAUUGCACCUCAGAAGGAUGUGUAUGAUACCCCCCGGGGCACUGCCUUUCCAGGACAACAGGCAGGAUUAAAUGAAAGUGUCAUCUCCGAAGAAAGGGAAGGUGUCUAUGAUGUACCACCACCCAUGCUACAAGAGACCAAAGGCUUCCAGGAUGUGACCGACGGGAUAAAUAGGCUGUCUUUCUCCAGCACGGGAAGUACCAGGAGUAACAUGUCCACAUCGUCAACAACAUCAAAAGAGUCUUCUUUCUCAGCAUCCGCUGCUCAGGACAAAAGACUAAUUCUUGACCCAGACACAGCCAUAGAGAGGCUUUAUUAUCUUCAGCAGAUGAUGGAGGCAGGUGUCAGUAACCUCAUGGCCUUCGUUACUGCCGACUGGCGCUCGUAUGGGUAUCUGGAGAAGCACCUCAACGAGAUCCGCAGCGCCGUGGACAAGGUGGAGCAGUCCCUGGUGGCCUACCUGCAGUUCGCGAAGGGCUCGGCCGCCAACGCCUCCUGCCUGGGCGAGGGGAGUCUCUACAACAAAAUGAGGAGGGAGGUGCAGAGGCUGGAGGACUCCCACCAGAUCCUCACCCAGACCAGCCACGACCUCAACAGCUAUAGCUGGUCUUUGAACGUCCUCGCCGUCAACAGGCUGCACAACAAGUGUGAUGACCUGGACCGGUUUGUGAUGGUGGCGAGGACGGUCCCAGACGACGCCAAGCAACUGACCACCACCAUCAGCGUCAACGCCGAAGUGCUCUUCAAGCAGGCGGCUGGCAGCGCGCGAGCCCGGGCCGUAGCAGAGACCGUGCCCGACCACGGCCGCGGCAGCCCUCACACGCCGCCGCGGGGCGAGAAGAGCCAGGAGCCCUGUGGCUCCCCUUGCCUGCUCCUGGGAAAGGGGCAGCACCCCCAUGGCACCACCAGCGAGAGCGUGGAGAAGAGCUGGAUGGACGACUACGAUUACGUUCACCUGCAGGGGAAAGAAGAGUUUGAAAGACAGCAGAAGGAGCUGCUGGAAAAAGAAAAUAUCAUGAAGCAGAGCAAAAUGGAGCUAGAGCACCAUCAGAUCCAUCAGUUCCAGCGCCUGGAGCAGGAGAUCACCAAACCCGUGGAGAACGACAUCUCCAAGUGGAAGGCCCCGCCAGCUCUGCAGGCCGCCAGCGGCACCGUUGCCUUUCACGACAGGCAGCUGCUCUCCUUCUACUCCGAGCAGUGCAACACUCAUUUCAACUCCCUCCUCAACGCCAUCGACGCCUUCUUCAGCUGCGUCAACGCAGCGCAGCCGCCGCGCAUCUUCGUUGCGCACAGCAAGUUUGUCAUUCUGAGCGCUCACAAACUGGUGUUCAUUGGGGACACACUCGCAAGGCAAGUGACCACCCAGGACAUACGCAACAGGGUGAUGAACUCCAGCAACCUGCUGUGUGAACUGCUGAAGAGCAUUGUCAUGGCCACCAAGGUGGCCGCCCUGCAUUACCCUCACACGGGGGCCCUCCAGGACAUGGUGGACCGAGUAGUAGAGCUGUCUCAUCACACACAGCUGUUUAAGCUCUCCUUAGUCCAGAUGGCAUCGCUAUGA